AUGCAUAUCGAGUCCAUCAUUCUUGAUGGGUUCAAGAGUUACUCAACCCGAACGGUGAUUGGCCCUCUGGAUCCUCAUUUUAACGCAGUUACGGGUCUCAAUGGAAGUGGAAAGUCCAAUGUACUCGACAGCCUCUGCUUCGUAUUUGGCAUUUCCGAUUUGACAUGCGUUCGUGCAAGUAAACUCGAUGAACUCAUUUACAAGCAAGGGCAAGCAGGAAUCACAAAGGCAACUGUAACGGUUGUCUUUGACAACUCUGGACCCAUGAGCCCAUUGCCAGAACCAUAUCGCAAAAUGUCUCAAGUAACCGUCACAAGGCAAAUCGCAAUUGGAGGAAGAAACAGACACUUUAUCAAUAGUCACCCGGCAACUCCGAAAGCUGUUGCAGAUUUCUUCCAGGCAGCUAGAAUGAAUGUAAACAAUGCACGUUUCUUGAUUAUGCAAGGGCGUGUUACCAAAGUUGUCAACAUGAAACCAAAGGAAUUGCUGACCCUUAUAGAAGAAGCCUCCGGAACUAGACUGUAUGAAGCCAAGAGAGCAUCGGCAGUCAAACUUAUGACACGCAAGGAACAAAAGCUGGAAGAAAUUCGUAGAGUACUUACAGAAGAUAUUUCUCCAUGUAUGGAGAAACUAAAGAACGAUUGCAAUGAUUAUCUGCAGUGGGUUGGCAUGAAAGAGGAAGAAACCAGAUUACAAUCCUUUAAAGUCGCAUAUACAUACUGGAAAGCAAAGGAAGAAUAUAAAAACGGUAUCCGGAAGCAGGAAGAAAUGAGAGAGGAAAAACAAGAUGUAGAGGAUGCACUACAGACAAUUGAAGAGGAAUGUAUGCAGUGCAAAGAAAAUAUGAAAAGGAUGGAAAAGGAAGCAUCUACGGAUGAGACGCUUUCGGUACAAACCAUUUAUGAUGAAUUGAAGAAGGAGGUUGGACGCCUGGAAAGUAAGGGAAGGAUAAUAGAAAAAGACAUGGAAGAAAUUAUACAGGCCAAGGAAAUGAUUAACCGAGAGAUGCAUGAAGCUGAAAAGAAACUGGAAGAGAAGAAAAAGGCGUCUUCAACAGAAGCGUCUACGCUCGAGCAGUUGCAAAUCACAAUAGCAGAACAAAAGGAAGAAUUGCAAACUCUGGAAGGUUCAAUGGGAACAUCAAAUGCCAAAACUCAGCAGACUCAACUAAAGGAGCUCAAAACACAACUAUCAAAACUGGAAGCCGAAGAGAAUACAGCACUGGAGAUUAUGAAACAUAUGAAGGAAGAAAUGAAGGGUGCUGAUAAACUAAAGGAAGAACUGCAAAAGACAUUUAUAAGUAAAGCAGAAGAUGUUGAAAAGAAAAUUGAACAGGUUACCAACAAAUUCAACGAAUUACAGAGAAAGCAAGCAGAAUUACCACCUAUGCAAUCAAUGAAAAAGGAGCUCCACGAUUUUACAGAAAUGUGUGAAGAGUUUGAUUCAAAAAUACACAGGCUGGAAGCAGAUUUGGCGAGACAACGUAUACCAUAUAAGAGUGGACCAGGAAUCUAUGGACAAGUUUUUGACAUACUUGGCAUCAAGGAUCCAGAAUAUUCAGUACCAUUGCAUAUACUAACAGGGCACAAACUUAGUUAUAUAGUUGUUGAUAACAAAGAUACUGCGGCUAGGGUAUUUAAGGAAAAUGGGUUUGCUAAUGGGAAAAGGAGAGUAACUAUUCUACCUCUUGCAGAAGCAGUAGAGGGACGCGUUGUUACUCGGGAUGAUAUCUCUCAUUGCAAGCGUAUCAUAGGUGGAGCAGAUGGUCAAAUUUCCUACUACGAAGAUGUCUUGACCUUUGAGCCAAAGUUCAACAAGCUGGCUAGGUACAUUGCUGGCGGAGCCAUUUUUUGUCGCACAAGUGAAUUGGCAAGGAAGAUCGCUUAUGAAUGCGGUUUUCCAACGGCAACUGUAGAGGGUGACAGAUUUGAUGUAAAAGGAUCAAUGAGCGGCGGAUCUACGACCAAUAUGAAAAUGACGCUUUUGGCGUCAACAGAGAUUGAAAAGACAAAACAAGGAAAAGAAGAUUGCAGAAAAAGAAUAGCUGAGAUACGCAGUAAAAUAGACGAAUUAGAAUCACUGACUCAAACACAAUUAGCCCUUCAACGGGAUUUGGAAAUGCACAAGGUGACAUUACAAGGCCUUGAAUCUCGUAUGCAGAGUUCACCCGCAUAUGUUGCACUUAACAAAAUCCAAGACAUGCAAAAAAAACAGGCUGAAAUGGAAGAAGAACUUAAGGGAAAACGGGAAUUAAUAAAAUCUAUUCAUAUGAAAAUUGAAUCCCUGCAAAAAACACAAGAAAAAGAGGAAGCCAGAGAGAGAAUUAAAGAGUUGAAAAAAAGCAUACGCACGGCCACUAUGCAACUUGACGCUAUGCAAGAGAGUAUGUUGAGUGUUAAAAUCGAGUUUGACAAUUUGGAACACCAAAUUGAGGCUCUAAAUACAGAGUUCCAGACGAAGGAAACAGAGUUGCAGGCUUUGCAGACUGAUGUUGGAACACUACAAACAGAACUAUCUUCAAAAAAGACACAACUCCAAAGUGUAGAGUCUGAAUUACAAGAAAAAAUGGAAGAAAUACAUGCUAGACAAUCUGAAUUACAAGAAAAAGCUCAGGAGUUGCAGAAGAAACAAACACAAGUGCAGGAGAAAAAAAAGAGACUAAAGGAAUUAGAUUACACCCUUGAUGAAAUCGCAAAGGAAGUUGAUGAAUCGCAAGUUGUAAUAAGUAAACUAAAGCGGGAGAACCCAUGGAUCGUAGCCGAAGAAGAGCGUUUUAAUGUGGACCCUGUCUAUAAUUUUACGGAUGUACGCUUAGAGGCAGUGCAAAAGAGGAUGGAUGAACUUCACACUGCAAAAUCUACUCUCAUGGUGAAUGAUAAAGCUGAACAAAUGUAUGAGCGGGUUGCAGGAGAAUAUGCAGAUCUCCAAACAAAGAUGGAAAAGGUGGAACGGGAUAGAGGAAAAAUUAAGGAUGUAAUCGCAGAAUUAGAUGUAAAGAAGUUACAAAGUGUAGAGAGCAUCUUUGCACGCAUAAACGAAUACUUUGGUUCCAUAUUCAAUAUUCUAAGUGGAGCUGAGGCCAAGCUUGUUCCAGUUGAAGGAGAUAUAACAAAUGGAAUAACAAUGCAUGUUGGCUUUAAUGGAAGGUGGAAAAGUACCCUGUCGGAAUUAUCCGGUGGACAGAGAUCAUUACUGGCCCUUUCUCUUAUUCUUGCCAUGCUUAAAGUUCGCCCGGCACCAGUCUACAUUCUUGAUGAGAUUGAUGCCGCGCUGGAUCUCAGUCACACCCAGAAUAUAGGAAAAAUGAUAAAGACACAGUUUCCAAAUUCACAAUUCAUUAUAGUCAGUCUAAAGGAGGGAAUGUUUUCCAAUGCCAAUGUUAUUUUCAGAACAAAGUUUAUAGACGGUGCAUCCACAAUCACUCGACAAAGUGGAACAAAGAGAUCAAAACCAGAAUAAAUUGUUUAAUUUC